AUGUCUUCUCAAAUUACUCUGACUAGCAGCGAUGGUGUCGACAUCUCCGUUGACCGCACCGUCGCCGAGCGUUCGAUUCUCAUCAAGAACAUGCUGGAGGAUCUUGGCGAUUCUGGGGAGCCUAUCCCUAUCCCGAAUGUCAAUGAGGCCGUCCUCAAGAAGGUCAUUGAGUGGUGCGAGCAUCACAAGAAUGACCCCGUCACAGCUACCGACGACGAUGACAACCGCCGGAAGACCACCGAUAUUGACGAGUGGGACCAAAAGUUUAUGCAGGUCGACCAAGAGAUGUUGUUUGAGAUCAUUCUUGCGGCCAACUACUUGGACAUCAAGGCCCUCCUUGACGUCGGCUGCAAGACCGUCGCCAACAUGAUCAAGGGCAAGUCCCCCGAGGAAAUCCGCAAGACGUUCAAUAUUCAGAACGACUUCACCCCCGAGGAGGAGGACCAGAUUCGCCGUGAGAACGAGUGGGCUGAAGAGUGA